CUUUAGAGAAACAAUGCUCAUCUUUGGACUUAUGCUGCUGCUGCAAACCGCUGCGUGUCUGGAUCGGUUCUGCAGUUUUGAUGAGUCUGGUCCCUGUUACACAGCUCUGGGACACAAACUCAAUCUGAUGAUGCUGGAUGCUAGUGAAUAUGAGCUGAAGAUACAAAAGAGAACAAACGACACACAAGAUGAUCCAGUUUGUAGAGUAAAGAAUGGGGAAAUGAAGAGGAGUCAAUGUGAUCUUUAUUAUAACAGACCUGAAGUAACAGUAAUUAAAGGGACUCUGAUAAUAAACCCUGUGAACAGAACAGAUUCAGGGAAUUACAGAUUAACUGUCUAUAACUCAGAUGGCUCAGAAACAUCUAGAGAUCUUCACGUGAUUGUUGAAGGAUCAGCUACUGCUGCAGCGACCUCUAGCUUGACCUCUAGUUUGACCUCUGCAUCAACACAGACAUCAGAUUACGGUCUGGAUCGGUUCUGCAGUUUUGAUCAGUCUGAUCCCUGUUACACAGCUCUGGGACACAAACUCAAUCUACUGAUGGUGAACGCUAGUGAAUAUGAUCUGAAGAUACAAAAGAGAAUAAACAACCCACUAGAUGAUCCAGUUUGUAGAGUAAAGAAUGAUAAAAUGAAGAGGAGUCAAUGUGAUCUUUAUAGAAACAGACCUGAAGUAACAGUCAUUAAAGGGACUCUGAUAAUAAACCCUGUGAACAGAACAGAUUCAGGGAAUUAUAGAUUAACUCUCCUGAACUCAGAAGGAUCAGAAACAUCUAGAGAUCUUCAGGUGAUUGUUGAAG